AUGCCGUGCCGCUCCCGCCCGUCAACCGCUCUCCCCGUCUCCGCCGACCACUCGUCCCCCUUCGCAUCCACACCCAUUCAAUCGGUCCAAUACACAACACGCUCACGCCACACCACACCGCUACGACCUCGCGGCAACGGCUCAGACUCACCCUCGCCGCUGUUCGGCAUCAUCGGCGUCGCCGUCGCCGUCGUAAUCAUCGCAAUAUUCUUCUGCUGCUUCAGCGGCCAGCGCUCCAGCCACCGCAGCCGUGGGAGCCGCAGAAGACAUCCCCCGCACGUAGAUGAGAUAGAAAUCGUGCGCCCGCCGUCGCCAGGCGUGCCCGUGUUCCCCGGGCCGCGCGGCCCCGAAGGCCCUGCUGGCCCUGCUGGCCCCCCAGGCCCCCCAGGUCCACCGGGGGUGGGCUUGCAAGGGCCCUCUGGCCCCGCCGGCCCCGCAGGCGCGCCCGGUGCCCCUGGCGCGCCUGGGCUCCCAGGGACGGUCGGACCGCAGGGCGAGGCAGGGCCGAUGGGGCCUCGUGGGCGGCGCGGACGAGGGGGUCCAGCGGGCGCAGCAGGAGCAGCCGGCGUAGCAGGGCCACAGGGCGAGCGUGGGCCACGGGGUGAGCGCGGCGAGGCGGGCGCUGCCGGCCCGCGCGGUCCUCGAGGCUACGGCGAGCUCGGCCUGGACGACGUAGGCUACGACUACGUUUAUCCGCGCCGCCACUACAGACUGGCACCACCGCGCAGCCCGCCGCCAGCGUUCCUCCCGGCCGCCAGGCGGCGCUCGCGGCGGCGAUACUUGCGGCGCGAAGGGGGCGAGCUGUUCGCCAACGAUGAAGACGACGACGACGAUGAUGAUGAUGAUGAUGAUAGCAGCGGCGGCAGCUCCGAUUGUUCAGUCUGUGCGCGAGCCGGGCGGCGGCGGCGGCGGCGGGAUUGCGGCUGUCGACGGCGGCGUAGGAGAAGACGGAGUAGAAGCAGAAGCAGAAGCAGAAGCAGAAGCAGGCGCCGUCACGGCCUGGCCGGCGGCUACUGCGGCACCACCACCACGACAACGACUAUGCCGAUAACCCCCCCGUGCUGCGAGCGGUACUACACCAUGUUCCUGUGCCCGCAAGCGACAGCCACCGCCCCGGCAGCGUGUCCCUACUACCAGCACCACGGCGUGCAGCAACAGCAACAGCAGCAGCCAGAACGCGAGCGCGAACACACGACGGAAAUCAAAACCACCAUCGUCCACGGCAGUGGCGGCGGCGGCGGCGUGGAGAACAGGGUGCCGCCCCUUGACUAUUGCGAUCGGAAUGGGGACUGGGACCGUGAUGGCGGGGGCGUGGAGGAAUGGCAUUAUAGUGACGACGGCCGUCGCAGGCGGUGGCUCAGGCGGCGGCGGCGAUGGCAUCACGGUGGGAGCAGUGAAGAGGAGAGGAGUGAACGUCGCAGGCAGUGGCUUAGGUCGCCGCGGCGGCGGCAUCGCGAUGGCAGUAGUGACGAGGACAUCAGCGACCGUCGCAGGCGGUGGCUUAGGCGGCGGCGGUGGAGUGACGGGAACGACCUCCGCGCGGGGCUGGGCCGCGGGUUUGAUGAUGAUGUGGAACUCUCACCGCCGCCGCCGCCGCCGCCGCCACUGCCGUGGAGACCUCGGUUCAGGAGGCCGCAGGACGAGGUCCGCGUCCUUCCCCACCGGCCGAGGAGAAGGGUGCGGUUUGUACUCCCGCCGGCUGCUAUAGGGAGGGCCGGAAUUGGUAUUGUUUGA